CACACAGCCUUGCAUAUACCCAUCGACUCCCUAUAGAAAACAGUAUAUAGCAUCAGUUUACAGAAAAAUCUCAACAAUAGCCAUCCCCUGUACCAACACCAACAAAAUGCGGCCUUACGCCAGGGAUCAAUAGCGGAUCUACAUCUACAAUUCACCCGUCAUCCAUCCCUAUCAGCAAAUCCCUCCGCCGAGCUUCCCCGUACCUAGGUAGCCGAGGCCCACGCCCGCUUGCCAAGGUCCCUCGUGGUCAAUCCCUCGCUAAAACCUCGUGUGCAUCGCCGAGCUACGAGUGACAAGAGGGACACAAGAAGCCGAGCCUGCACUUGGGCCUCCUGCUGUACCCAGCCGAACUCUCUUCCCCAGAUCCUAGGUCGUUGGCCUAGGUAACACGUGACAAGGUUAACUUGUGGGCGGGAUAAACUUUGUUCCUCAUGCUAGUCCUCGGUUACACGUGACGAGGCUGCAGGCUCAUGCAGCCUCGUUCACAUUAUCCCCUCAUCGUAAUCUUGAUAAGAAAAAGAUGCUAGGAUAUCUAAUAUCCACAGCAUCACACACACAUGACGGUCGAAUCCCUCCUCCGAGCCCUCGGGGACGAGAUUGAAGAUGCGGAAGAAGAAUCCUUCCUCCUCUUCUCCCAACCCAUCCCCUCCCAAAACCUAGGUUUCGUCGACCAAACCGCCACCUCAAUCGACCUCACCAUCGCCGGCCGCGACCUCACCAUCUACCAAUCCCCCACUAUCCUCUCCUCCACUCGUGGCGGCGGCACUACAGGCGCAGUUCUCUGGAAAAUCACCCCCCUGGUCGCAACCUGGCUCUCAUCCCCCACCAACCCCUUCACCACCCACUCAGUCUUCACUCCCUCGUCCACCGUCCUCGAACUCGGCUCCGGCAUCUCGGGCGUAAUCGCGCUCGCUCUAUCACCCAGCGUCAGCUCCUAUACACUCACAGACCAGUCCUAUGUCCUAAAGUUGUUACGGCAGAAUAUCUCUUCCAACCUUCCCUCUCUCACUAGGAAGUCGAAACCCAGCAAUAACAGUAACUCGUCGAAAUCGAAAGCAAAAGCGAAAUCUAAGCGCGGCGCUACACAGGCCGCUGCUACAGAGGGUGGCGAGGGUGGAGAAGGAGGGGAGGGAGACUCGAAUAUACAGAUUAAGACACUAGACUGGGAGACAGAUGAGGUAGCCGGCUUACUUCCGGGAGGAGGGAGUUUUGACGCAGUGAUUGCGUGUGAUUGCAUAUACAAUGAUGCCUUAAUCGAGCCACUCGUACAGGCCUGUGUUGAUGCCUGUCGGUUACGUGAGAGGGAACGAAAGGCCCACCGCGAUAGCGACGACACGACAACAACCGCCAGCAACAGCGCCAACAACUCCAAUGCCCAAACCAACAGCGGCGGCGGAGGGGGUGAAGCUGCGGAGUUGGGGAAUGUAGAGGGAAAGACAGUCUGUAUUAUAGCGCAGCAGUUGCGCUCAGAUCAGGUCUUUGAAGGGUGGCUUACGGCGUUUAAAGAGUCGUUCCGGGUGUGGAGAGUUCCGGACGAGGUUGCGGGGGUGGGAUUGAGGGGCGGAGAAGGGUUCGUUGUUCACGUUGGUGUUUUGCGGUAGAGCGGAGAGUUUAAGAGGAGUUGGAUGAAGGAGGUGUUGAGGGUAUGUGAAAUGGCUUUUUAGGUCUUAUACCAAUAUGGCCACUGCUCCCCGGAUUGCCCAAGUGAGCCUGCACCAGCGAAAGCUCGGCAAGCAGCCCGAGAUCUUUCUACGUAAAGCUGGAAUAGAAUACAGCAAUGCAGAGACAAAUAUAUAUGCUAUGACAACUAGUCAUCAGCCGCGACGGAUGCUCCCCUAGACUUUGUUGGGGACUAGGGGAGAACCACAGAGGUAGUGACAGCAUCUACAUAAAAGAAAUAGGCGGGGAUUUACCACGUUACACGAGUUGUGUUCUGGUUCGUUACACGAGUUAUGUUUCUGUUACACGAGUUGUGCUCCCGUUAGUUACACGAGCUAUGUUACAGGAGUUGGGUUCUAGCCCGUUACACAAGUUGUGUCCCUACACAACUCGUGUAAAGUGCUAAAGCCCCAGCCUAUGUCUUUUAACAACUCACCUACCAAAUGGACUAGCCCGAAAAUGGAUGAGUUUAGGUUAUUAGUAGUGUUAUAUAACAGGG